AUGGAAGAAAGAUACAAUGUGACUGAGUUUAUCCUCUUGGGGCUCACUCAGAGUCCCCAGGGUCAGAAAAUGUUAUUUAUUGUGUUCUUGCUGAUCUACCUGGCAACAGUGGUAGGCAACCUCCUCAUCGUGGUAACUGUACUGGUCAGUCCAGCCCUGGAUGCCCCAAUGUACUUCUUUCUUGGCUACUUAUCAUUUAUAGAUGCUGUUUUCACUACUACAGUUACUCCAAAUAUGAUUAAAAACUUACUUUCUAAAAAGAAGACCAUUUCUCUCCAAGCUUGCCUGACUCAGCUAUUUGUAGAACACUUUUUUGGUGGAACUGAGAUAUUACUUCUAGUGGUCAUGGCCUAUGACCGCUAUGUGGCUAUCUGCAAACCUCUGCAUUAUAUGACCAUCAUGAACCAACGAAUGUGUGUUCUGCUGCUGCUUUUGGCCUGUUUGGGAGGAUUUCUGCAUGCAGUAGCUCACCUUCUUCUUGUUUACAACCUUCCCUUCUGUGGUCCCAAUGUCAUCGACCACUUUGGCUGUGACAUGUAUCCCUUAUUAAAACUUGCUUGCACUGACACCUAUAUCAUUGGUCUCUCUGUGAUUGCCAAUGAUGGAACAGUAUGUGUGGUCAUCUUUUCCCUGUUACUCACCUCCUACGGAAUCAUUCUACAUUCCCUGAAAAACCUUAGUCAGGAAGGGAGGAACAAAGCUUUGUCUACCUGUGGCUCCCACAUCAUUGUGGUGGUCCUUUUCUUUGUCCCUUGUAUCUUUACAUAUGUAAGACCUCCUUCCACUCUACCUAUGGAUAAAUAUUUGGCUGUGUUUUAUACUGUGUUCACCCCUAUGUUGAACCCCUUAAUAUAUACUCUGAGAAAUGCUGAGAUUAAAAUCGCCAUAAAAAAACUUUGGAGCAGAAAAGCAAAAUGA